AUGGGUUUGAUGCAAAUUUUCUUUCUUUUUUGUGUACUGAGUUUUCAUUCGUUGGCAAUCUCUGCAAUUGAUUUUCAAGAGCAGAGCAACUUGGAGACUUAUAUCGUUCAUGUUGAGUUGCCUGAGUCUGGCACUCAACUUUCCACCACAAAUUCUUCAAUCCCAAAUGAAGAUCUGGAUAGUUGGUAUAAUUCUUUUCUGCCAACAGUCACCGCAAGCUCGAAUGAUGGGCCGAGAAUUAUUUACCCAUAUCACAAUGUUUUCAAGGGAUUUGCUGCCAAAUUAUCAGCUGAGGAUGUCAAAGCAAUGGAAAAGAUGCCUGGUUUUGUAUCAGCUAGACCACAAAAGGUGUUGUCUCUGCAUACAACGCAUACUCCAAAUUUUUUGGGGUUGCAUCCGAACUCGGGAUUUUGGAAAGCAUCAAACUAUGGGAAGGGUGUGAUUAUUGGUGUCUUGGACUCUGGAAUCACACCGGACCACCCUUCAUUUGGAGAUGAAGGAAUGCCUCCACCACCUGCAAAAUGGAAGGGAAAGUGUGAAUUCAAUACCUCAGUAUGCAAUAACAAAUUGAUCGGAGCAAGAUUUUUCCGCCAUGGAGAUGGCUCUUCAAUCGAUGGAAUUGGUCAUGGAACUCACACUGCAAGCACAGCUGCUGGAAGCUAUGUCGAGGGUGCCAAUGUGUUUGGAAAUGCCAACGGCACAGCAGUUGGUAUCGCACCUCUUGCUCACCUGGCAAUCUACAAAGUAUGCACCACUAGUAGUUGCUCAGAAAGUGAUUUAUUGGCUGCGAUGGAUGCUGCUAUCCACGAUGGGGUUGAUGUUCUUUCCAUAUCCCUUGGAGGAAGUUCAGAACCAUUUUAUGCUGACAAUAUUGCACUUGGUGCCUAUAGAGCAACCGAAAAGGGCAUUUUCGUGAGCUGCUCAGCCGGGAACGACGGUCCUUCUAGUAGCACUUUAUCAAAUGAGGCGCCUUGGAUUCUCACUGUUGGUGCAAGCACCACUGACAGAAAAAUCAGGGCAACUGUCGUGCUUGGAAACAAGGAGAAGCUUGAAGGCGAGACCCUUCAUCAGCCGAAGGAUUUUCCGUCAACACAAUUUCGUAUAUUCUUCCCCGGUGCCAACCAGAGUGAUCCUAAUGCAGAUCGAUUCUGCACCACAGCAUUAUUGAACCAGACAGGCAUCAAAGGAAAGAUUGCAGUUUGUGAUAUUGGAGAAAUUCCACUGCUCGAUAAAGAAAAGAAUGUCAAGGCUGCUGGUGGUGUUGGCAUGAUUAUUAUAAACCCAGAAGAAUUUGGAUAUACCACAUCAGUGGAUGCUUAUAGCCUCCCGGCUACACAGGUGACUUAUGCUGAUCGACUUAAAUUGAUUAAGUACGUAAACACAGCAAGAUCUCCCAAGGCUGCAAUCUCAUUCAAAGGAACUAUUAUUGGAGACAAUCAUGCUCCUGCUGUUGCAUAUUUUUCCUCUAGAGGUCCGAGCCAAGCAAGUAUCGGAAUUCUGAAACCAGACAUUAUUGGCCCUGGUGUAAACAUCCUGGCUGCGUGGCAUCGUUCAGUCGAAAACAACCCCAACACAAAGUCAAAUUUCAAUGUGAUCUCUGGCACUUCAAUGUCUUGCCCUCACCUCAGUGGUGUUGCUGCUCUGCUGAAAAGUGCUCAUCCUGAUUGGUCUCCCGCUGCAAUUAAGUCUGCGAUGAUGACCACCACCGAUCUUGUGAACCUUGCCAAGAAUCCAAUUGAAGAUCAAAGGCAACUUCCAGCUAACAUUUUUGCCACUGGUGCAGGCCAUGUCAAUCCAGCAAGAGCAAGCAAUUCAGGGCUUAUUUAUGACAUUGAGCCUAAAGAUUACAUUCCUUACUUAUGUGGUUUGAAUUACACAGACAAGCAGGUUGGUUUGAUUUUACAACGCAAGGUAAAAUGCUCAGAAAUAUCAAACAUACCUGAAGGUCAACUGAACUAUCCUUCAUUCUCAGUCGUGGUUCGAUCAGCAGUUCAGAAGUAUACAAGAACAGUGACUAAUGUAGGUGAGGCUAGUUCAGUUUACCAUGUUCAGAUUGUCGCACCUGCAGGUGUAAAUGUGAGAGCCAACCCGACAAUGCUCAGUUUCACCAAAGUGAACCAGAAAUUGGCGUAUGAAGUUACGUUUAGCCCAUCAGGAUCAGCUAAUAACAUUGCUGUCUCUCAAGGAUCUCUUACCUGGCAUUCAUCCAACUCCAAAUACUCUGUCAGAAGCCCAAUUGCUGCGAUUUUCCAAGCUGUGGGAUUGUAG